GCGCCCGGUGUCCCUGUCCCGCUGGCCGGCCCGGAGUGCAGCCCGCGUCCUGCGGAAGCCUGAGCUCCUGAGUCGGGGGACAGAGUUCCCCAGGUUUGCAGCGGAGAUCGCGGCGGCGCCCGGGGAGAUGCCUGGAAAGAAGGCGCGUAAGCGCGCGCCACCGAACCCCGCACGGGCGCCAGAACUGGAAGUUGAGUGUGUUACUCAGCUCAGGAAAAUUGAAAAUAGACCGAAUUCUCUGGGUUCUGUAGCAGAGGUCACACCUAUGGAGAUGCCUGGAAAGAAGGGGUGGAAGAAUGAGCAGCUGACCCCAGUGACCCCAGCAACCCCAGCAUCAGCAUUAACAGAGGUGGAACUUGAGUCUGGCAUUCAACUCAGGAGAUUUGGAGACAAAGUAAAUUUCCGUCAGAAACUUCUGAAUUUGAUUUCCAAACUCUUCAGUUUAGUAACCUGACUGCUUCAAAAGCCUUUGGGUGAAGGGAGUACUUUAAAAAGGAGGUAUCCCCAGUAGUCCAAUUUCAUCAGAGGAGAGACUGCAUUAUAAUUGAAAGGAAUGUGAAAGAGCAUUCACUUCCUUUUGGAAGUCUUUGGAAAGGGAAAACAUAACAAGUCAAAAGAUGAAUUUCUGUAGGAGGCUUCCCAGAAAUCAUUCUUUGGGACGUGAGACCUUUGUGGAACCAUGUUUUAUUUUAAAACAUGAAUAGAAGAGCUUUAAAAAUAGGGAAGUUAUUGUUAAUGCAUUUCUUUUUUUGCUUAGAGAUUAUUCUAGUAUUUUUGUUGAAUGUUGCUGCCCAGCCUGGUGUAACAAGAGUUGACAAAUGAUCAUAUUGGGCAGUGGGGAAGAAGUAGCUCUGUGUUUUUGCUUUUUCAGUUUGUUUUAUACAUUUAAUUAUGGUAAAAGAAAACAUUUCGUUCUGAUAACACUGGAUGUUAUUUAAAAAUUAUCAUUUAAGAAAAAGUAAAGUUCACAGGGAACAUUGAUUGCAUAGGUCACUACAAAAUGUAACAUAGUUUAAAUUUUUUUUUUUUUUUCAAUUCAGACUGUAUUGUUUCUGUUCAGGUGACCUGUAAGUGUGUUCCUGUGAGCAUUAACUGCGAGUGUGAAAAACUAGAAAGUAACUUUGAAAACAUUUGAUUAUAUAGUGUCAGUAAAACUCUAGCCAAUUGAAUAUUAAAUGAUUAAAGAGUUUGGUGAUUUCAUAUGACCAAGGAUAAUAAAAAAGGAACCAAAUGUCCUCUCCCUCACCCCCCAGUACUGGGAUUGAAUUCAUGGUCUCUCAUCACUGAGCCCUGUUUUUCAUUUUAUUCUUGAGAUGAAUCUUGCUAAGUUGCUGAGACUGACUUCUAACUUGGCAGUACAUCUGGCUCAGCCUCAUGAAUUUCUGGGACUGACUUUUUAAUUGGUAGAAUUAAAACUUAGUAAAACAAAUAUUCACAGAAAGUUUCUAAAAAAUUGAAGAUGCCCUUCUCACAGUAGUUAGCGUGUGCAUCCUGCAAAAAGUGAUCUUUUAAAAGAAAUUAGGACAUUUUCAUAAUUGGGAUAUUAUCAAAAAAGAAGAGGAACAGAUAUUUCUCAUUCAAAAUAAAAAUUUCAUACAGAUAUGAAGAGGUAUCUAUAUAUAUGGAUAUCUGUAUAAUUUACAUUAGAGUAAUAUGAAGGCUCUUUGAAGAGUUUCUUCAGUGUUUUUUAUAUGAGCUGUAGACAUGAAACUAAGUAUUCAAUAGCAAAACAAACAAUCCUAUUAAACUUGGUCAAGGGAUUUGAAGAGACAUGUCUCGAAGGAAGACAUACAAAUGUUCAACAGAUAGAAGAUUCCGAGUGGAUGCUCCAGUGGUGCAACCGGUUAACACGUUGGUACUUAUACAGCAGAAGAGUCUGAGAAAUGCAAAUGAAAACCACAAGAACCUUAUACCUGCUAGAUUGGUUAUUUUCAAAAAGAUGAAAGAUAACAAGUGCAGGAGACAUGUGGAGGGGAAAAGGAAACUUGAUCUACCUUUUCUGGUUUUGUAAGUUAGUACAGCCAUUUUGGAAAACAGUAUGAAAAUUCCUUAAGAAACAGAACUAUAGUAUGAUCCAGCAACCCCACUACUGGGGUAUAUAUCCAAAGAAAUUGAAGUCAGUAUGCUGAGGGGCUAUGCACACUCCUGGGUUUGCUGCAGUGUUAUUUACAACAGGCAAGACAUGGAAACAGCCUGUGUCCAAGAGAUGACUGAAGUAGUAUGUAAACACAAUGAGUAUUAUUGAGCCUUAACAAAGGAGAUGCUACCAUUUGUUAAAGUGAAUGCGGUGAAUCUAGAGGACAUGCACAGAGAUUAAAUGCCCUUUGAUCUCAUUUAAUUUGAUCAAAAUCAAAUUCUGACCUUAGGAUGGUGAUUACCAGAUAACCUGAAUUUGGUUGGAGAAGUGGGGGUGGGGUGGGGAAAAGACUACAAAGUUGGAAAUGAGUUCUGAUGUUCUGUUGUGUCAUUAAAUAGUUAAUGUACAUUUCAAAACAACUAAAGGAAUUUUGUGUGUUCUUACCACGUGGAAAGGAUAAAUAUUCUGAUUUUAUCAUUCUACAAUGUAUCUAUAUAUUAAACACAUUUUAUAUACAAUUUAUCAAUUAAAAAUAAAACUAAAAAAUUAAAAAAGGGAAUGAUGCUGUGAUUAAAUUUGUCAGAAAUUUUAUUUAUCUUACCUAUUUAUAAUUAUUUUCCAUUUGGUUUGAAAACAUGUAUUUCAUUUUUGUGGUGAGGCAAGGGUUCCUUAAUUACUUGAGUUCUUAGAGUGAGAAUAGCAAUGUAGACUGUAGUAACCUUAGAUGCAAAAUUGUCUCAGCAUCUGUCUUCAGUUUUAAGGCUUGUUUAUCACAAAAAUUCGUGUUUUUUUUUUUUUUUUUUUGCCUAGAGGCAAAUGUUCUGCCAUGUGGGUAUUUAAGGUCUGUAACUAUUUAUAUGUACAUAUGAAAGUUGAUACUGUGUCAAUAAACAAUUAAAAUUGAAUCACCA